ACUACUACCGUCUCCACGACCACCACAACACAACCUACAACAACGACACCGAAAGUUUGUGACGACAAGAACAUGUUAUGCUGUUUUUGGGCGAUUGCCGGCGAAUGUGAGACGAAUCCGUUCUGGAUGCGAAUUCAAUGUGCAAAGACAUGUGGAACAUGCGACUGCUCGUGUGCGCUACUUCUUAUGAGCCAUUCAAUCAAACAAUUUAAAAAACAAAUAAAUAAAUACAUAAGCAAACAUACCACUACACCAAAACCGACAACCACAACUAGUACGACAACCACAACUUCCACGACCACAACCACCACUACAACACCGGAUCCAUGCCAGGAUCUGAAUCAGCACUGCAAAUUCUGGGCAUCUCUAGGAGAAUGCGAAGUGAAUCCAUUCUGGAUGCGACCACAUUGCCAGCGAUCAUGUCGUUCUUGUGGUGAAGAUGUGAACACAGUUUAUGCUCCCACACCUCGAAAAGGGUGCGAAAAUAGUCACAAGCUUUGCAAUUUUUGGGCAGCAACGGGUGAAUGUGACGAGAAUCCAAAUUAUAUGGUACCUUACUGUCCACUUUCAUGCUUGAUCUGUUAA